CAAGACUUGCAAGAUUGUUUAACAGAUUUUCUCAUCAACUAAGUGCUUGACCGAGUUCGUGCCCACCUCAGGCUCUGCGGAUGUUGGCUGUUGGACUUGAAUAUUAGAUAUGCAGCCACCAUUGUUCGCCUUUCUGUCCCUUGGAUCUCCUUGUUUCUAUAGGACAAAAGUUUCAUUUUGCAGUUUUUUCAUUCUCAUAUCUUGCAUGGCUUGGAGAGAUUCUUCUGGUGCAGCAAAUGAAGAUGGCAAGACAGGAUUGGGCAGACCAGUAAACCAUUUUAUAGGUGAUGUUACCUGUCCAGACGAUAGUGGACAAACUCCCUCUGCUGAUUUUCCAACUAACGAAACCAGUGAAAAAGUUGCUGCUUAAGAGGAAGUGAUCAAGAAAAAUGUUAUAACUGUAAUGAAUUAUGAACAAGAGGAGUUGUUGCGAGAUAGAAGAAGAGAUGGCUGCUCUACGUACCAAGAUAGAAGAACUGAAGGAACUCGGAAAUCGGUUCAUUCCAUCCACAAUGACUAAAAUCAUCCGAGGAGAAGUAAUGGAAUUUGUAGCCCAUCUCAAGCAUCAUUAUCGAAUGGAGAUGUAUAAAGAUUCAAGUAUAGGACCAUGGAAUUCUUGCUCGCGUCAUUUCUGCCACAGAAAGCCUUUCGAAGUAGAGGCAGUCUCAUUUUACCAAAAAGAAGAUGAAAGAGAUGCUAUAUACGGUUGUAAAGAGAGUGGGUUUUUCCUUCAUGAAAUUUGUGCUCAAUUUCAAUUGCCUCAAGAGUGGAACCAUUCCUGUCACUCUGAGGAUCCUCUUUCGCUUUACGAAGUGGAAUCCGGUGCUCCUCAGAAGUUCCAGUGCCAUUUAUGUGAAUCCAAUGGUUCAAAUUUUGUGUACCAUUGUGCAAUCUGUAAGUUCAGCAUAGACCUUCUUUGCAUUAACUUGAAGCCUACCAAGAAAUUGGAAGUUCAUGCCCCUGAAAACAACCACCGGCAUCCCCUAUUCAUAUUUGAAGCACCAUUUGUGGUCGAUUUUCGCUGCUCUUUUUGCCAUAGUCACAUCUAUGGGACUGUCUGUCUUGAUUCAUUGCAGAAACAUAUCGCAUGAAGAGUGCUCUCUGCCAUUAGAAAUCAGAUAUGAGUUUCACUUUGAACACCCUCUAGCCCUUUUCCCCAGCUCCAAAUUCCCAGUAAAAACGCCAUCAUGCAGUGCUUUCUCUGGGCCGAAUUUCCGUGAAGCAUUCUACAUAUGUCAGCAGUGCAACUUUGUUCUAGGCCUACAAUGUGCCUUCUUGAUGCCCAUCUUCUCAGAUUCCAAAUCUCAUCGAGAGCUCCAGGAGCAACCCCUCUGCCUGUCCCACCCGCUGACCCAAUGCAGUGUCACAAAGCAAAUCAAUAGCAAUUGCUCAGGGUGCAACUCACCCAUCAAACAUACCAUUUUCGUUUGCACAGAAUCUGGUAUUUUACUGGGCAAAUCCUGCAUAGAAUUGCUUCCUGAGAUCGCACACCCUUGUGGCCCACUCCGCCAUGUUAAACUCGUCGAUAACUUGGACCUGAACAGUCGUUUGAAAUGCCGUGGAUGCAAAAAGACGAAUUGCAUUUUCACUUGCGUACCCUCCAAAUGUGAUUUCUACUUAGAUCCUCAAUGUGCUUCUACAAAGCCACAUAUGAUGGGUCUAAAAUUCAGCAGCAUCCUCUUGCUUUGUUGGAGACCAACCUUGGUAAUUUAAGGUGCAACAGUUGCGCCAUGCAAGAAGCAUUUCUUCCAGUGCUUGGAUUGUAGAUUUGGUCUUCAUCUGGAAUGUUAUCCUUUACCUGAAAUCAUCAAACAUGACUGCCAUCGUUAUCCACUCACCCGUACUCCCAAUCAAAGACUUAUCUGAUGAAGAUAGUGAUGAUUAUGCAUUACAUGGAAAAGGAGUCUGCACUUGCAAUUUCCUACGGAGAGGAGAAUGAAGGAAAAGUUGGUGCAGCAGAUGAAGAGAUCGUAAAGGAUAUAUUUAUUGCUUUAAACAGACUUAUCAUUAGAAAAGCAGAUGAUCAGAUAGAUGAAGAGAUUGCAGCACUUCAAAACCAGGAUACAACAAUUAAAGCAUAUACAAAAGCAGCUUCAUGGGGUUCAUUUUUCAACAUCAAAUAAAGUUUUGAAUUCCUAGUUAGAAGAAAAAUAGCUCAUAUUUUUGGACUCCUUGAUUUCCGCGUAUUGCUGUUGUCUUAAUUCGUUUAAAGAGAUGACAUAGUCUUGUUGCUGUCUUUUCUUUGAACGGCGUUCAUUUUGUCGGCCAAAUAGCUGUGCCACAUCAUUGUGUGCAGAGUUUGAAAGCUUGACAUCAAUUUUUUUCAUAAUCAUUCCUUGUACUGUUGAUU